UAAGCGUCACUGCGCAUGCUCCAAGUAGCUAGGGAAAACGAUGGACGACAGAAGUGUUUGUACUCCGCUAACUGUGGAGUCAGACGCUCCAAAUAACACUACCAGUUCCCCUAACGCGGCUUCUGUCACAUAUGCUGACAAAGUAAUAAACACUAAAACAGACAUUACCCAGGUUGAAGGAGACAGGAGUGAGGAGGAGCUGCUAAAGGAUCUGCUCACUGAUGACUACUGCCAUGUGUGCGAAGCUAUGCUUUUGUUUGAAUCGCAGCGGCUGUCCCACUAUGAGGGUAAGAGACAUGCUCAAAAAGUCAAAGUGUACCUGCAGGCCAAAAGAGCAGAGAAGGUAAACAAAGACUCCACAGGACCCCAGUGGACCAUGACUACAGAUAAAGACCGUUUCUGCGAGCUGUGUAAUAUGGUGUUCAGUUCCCAUGUGGUGGCAAGAUCACACUAUGAAGGCAAAGUCCACAAAAAUCUUCGUAAGCAAGGUCUUCACCCACCAGGCAAGUAGAGGAACACAGAGGUGCACACUUUACCAAGUCUUGCUCAGGAUCCUGAAAAUUCUGAGCAGAAAUCAUCCCCAGAAGGUGGUACGGAGCAUGUUCUGGACCCGACAGCCACCACAGCCACUUCAAGCACAGAGGUUGAUCUGAAGGACCCGAACAAAUACUGCGCCCUUUGUGCUGCCUCCUUCAACAACCCCCAGAUGGCCUUGCAGCACUACAAUGGACGCAAACACCAGAGAAAUCAGGCCAGACAGGAGCUGCUCAGAGAGCUGGGAGAUGACGUACAACAAGCCGAGUCCUUGAUGUGCCAGAUGUGUAGUCUGCAGUUUAACUCUGUGGAGAUGUAUCAGGCCCACAUGCAGGGAAACAAACACCAGAUCAGGGAGAAGAAGGUUGUUGACCUGUGCAAAUCCCAACAAAAAGUCUAUGGCACAUUUGCAGAUGAACUGGCAGAUUACAUUCAGGUGCAGAAGGCUCGUGGAAUCACCCUCAAGACGAGUCAAAUCCUCGCUCAGAGUGACACACAAAGGGAAGGAGAAGAUGAUGAAGAAGAAGACCAGGAAGUUUUAAAUGAGGGAGACAUGAUAGAACCAAAUAGACUUAUGCUCAACCUCCCUCCCACCUCUAACCCUCCUCAUCCGUCCCGCCUUGGUUCUUACUACUCCGCUGAAACGUGUCAUCCCUCAUAUCAAGGCCCACCCUGGGCAUCCCAUGGCUGGAGCUACAACUACCCUCCUCCAGUCCUCCCACACUCAGGCAAUCCACAGUUCACCAGCUGGCCCAUGAAGAGAAGGAGGCACAGAAAGCAGUCAAGCUCCUCGUCAUAUUCUACCUCAUCAUCUUAUUCCUCGUAUUCCUCGGAUAGUAGUAGCACAAAUGACAGUGAUGACAGUGAAUACAGGCGCAGAGAAAAGAAGAGAAUUAGAAGAUCCAGGAGGGAACGAGGCAGGAGGGGAAGAGAUGUGGAGUCUGACAAGGAGGAGAGGAGGAGGAGGAAACGCCAGAGGAGAGAAAGAGUCUCAGAGGAGAGGAGGAGAGAGCAAUCUGUAGAGUCAGAGGAGGAGGGCAGGAGAAAAAAGCUAAAAAAUCACGGCAAGCAUAGGCGAAAAGAAAAAAAAUCCCGGAAAGAGAACAUUGAGGUGGAAAGAGAAGAAAGGAUGAUGGGCAAAUUAAAGGCAGAAGAUGUGAUGGAGCAUAGAAAAGAGACUGAAUUGCAUAUUCAGGCUGAAAUCGAUGUUGAGAGGGAGGAUGGACAGGAUGAGGCAGCCAAACCCAAAUUUAGAAAAGAGAAGAAGAAAACAAAAGACAAAGUGGACACAAGGACAGAGGAGGAGAAGCUUUGGGACGACUCCAUUCUGGGUUGUUAACUGAACUGCUGACAUUUUGGCAAACCUAAAUUAUUAUUAAAUCAAGCAUGAAAUUGAUAAUGAAAUAUCCAAAACUAUAUUAAAAUUAUUAAAAUAAACUAGAUAGCAAUUAAUUAAUACAUUUUCAUUGUCUGCUCUUAUAGCCUGAAAGUGUUGUUUUCCAUAAGUGUGAUAGCUGGCUAGCCAUGUCAGUAUUUGUAAGGAAUGAAUGUCUUAAUUCAGUGUGUUUGGAAGAGUUUCAGCCCUUCUUUUCACCAUGACACCCAAUAAUAUCUUUAACUAAAUUAAUGUGUACAGCUGUAAUGUUUGAAUCUCUUAUGUUCUUGCCCUUUCUGUUAAAUUAUCCUCUUAACAUCUUAACACACGAGUUAGUUAAAUGAUUUUGAUCAUCAAUGUGUGCUUUUGAUAAGGGUGUGAUAGAUUGUGAUCCCUUCAGCAGUCUCUGGUUGGCGCUGUUGAGCUUUACUCAGCACAUCAGUGAAGCAAUUAAAAGCCCGUAGAUGUUGGAAGCUUUGUCACUGCGUUUCUGUGACGCUGUAUGUGUGCUUUCAUGCACAGUCGCAAUGUUUAAAAGAAGGCAUUUCUUUUAAACUAUGCGGCAUGUGUAAGAUAUGGAGAAUGAUGCGCCUCUUAUAUGCGUUGCACCACAUCGAAAAUAUUUUUUAAAAAAUAGAGUAUCUACAGUGUGAUGUGUGCAAGUUUGUGUGUUAUUGAUGGAUGCGUACAUCCAGAGAACACAUGAAAUGUUUGAGGUCAGACAGGUGCACAGGCUCAAAUGAGCACAGCGCUGUAGAAAACCUCAGAAGUGGCGUGUGAUGAAUUGAAAGAACUCAUCUUACUGUAUUUAUAAAGUUAACAUUGCAAAGCUUCAACUACUGUUGUGAAUAUAAAUGUAAAAUAUAAUUUCCUACCAUCCUGGUGACUCGUAAGGAGCCACUCAAAAAAUGCAGUUUCAAUGAAUCCUUAAAUAGAUCUUAAAACUGGCUAUCUUUGUUUUUUAAUUUAAAUAAAUACCUGCAAAGUCAGUGUGAAAUAUCUCCUGAUUUGGUAACACAAUGAUUGAUUAAAUUCUGAGAAGGUGCUUGCCUUGACAGUAUGAAGAACUGGGUGUAUGUGGUGACGUUCAUGCACAAAAAGACACUUGUUCAGUUUGUUCAGUCACUCAGCAGUUAACUUUACAAAGUGGCGCAAAUGCAACAAACUCGCUCUUCAGCUCACCUGUGUAAAGUAUCAAAUGUUCUUUCCUUCUCUGUUCUCUCAUCUCUUAGAACAUUAUUCCCUUUUUGUUGUAAUGAGUGUCGACUUCAGAGUGUUGUUGAACCGUGGUCCAGGUGUCAGCUGCCAGCUAAAUAAUGACUUCACACAGAAAUCUGUUUGGAAUUCUGUGAAGUGAGAUUCAAAAACAAAUUGGAGAGACCUGCCACGUAAAGAGUCCUCUGUAGAAAUCUAUGGGGAAGUCAGAGAUGGCAGCUGUAUUACACAUGUUCCACUCCUGUAAAAGUCAGUUAUCUACUCUAUAACAUAGAACUGGGAAAUAAUAGACCAGUUGUCAUGUACCGCUGGCCUGCAUGAUAUUAUGAAAGUGUCUGCAUGUGUUGUGAAGUAUAACCUCUGGGGGAAACCUCAUUUUGGGGCAAAGUCACCAAACUUUCGAAAUUAUUAUUAUUUUUUAUCAGAUUAGACCGGUGAGUCUAUACAUGCAGUUUUUAUGUCCCGGUGACCAUUAAAAUAACAGAAAUUAGGUAAAGUCAGAGGCAUAACAUGGCUGCCAAGUAGCAUGACGUGUCUAUAGGGACUUUACAGUUCCCACUCAUUGCAACUGGUGCUGCCAAGGAGAAUGAAACGGAUAUUAAAGACUUUGUCUGUGCAGUGUCUGGAA